GUUACAGGUUACUAUUAUUGUAAAAAAUUAUUAUUGUUGUGUGAGUUCACUUUGACUUUCGAUGAUGCCAACAAGGAAAGCUCCCGAUGAAAGGACCGGUCAGUUUGGCAAUACUUCAGGCGAACAAGCGACCGAUAAUGGUCGGACGUUACAAUGGACUAACGGAUUAGGAUCAUCAAAUGCUUUCAUCACGCUGGUUAGUGGUCCAGCACCGAAUUCAGGAAGUGGAACGGAAUCGAGAACUGUUUCAACAAAUGUUUGGCAUAGUAAUGAUGCCAGUGAUGUGAAUUUUGCUGAUCAAAGUAAUACGCAACAAUUGCUUGCUUCUACGGAAAAGGUUCAGCGUAAUUAUGGCAAUACUGAUGACAGUUCGACUAAUGCUCAUAGCGAACAUACUACGGUGACGGCAAUGUCAUUCAGUGACCAUAUUUACUCACCUUCGAAUUUAAUUACCACGACAUCGGAAUCAUCUGUUAAACCAGAAUUAGAUGUUGUGGUCGUAGGUGGAAGUGCAAAGUCGCCGUCAACUGUAGAAGAUCGAACAACAAAAGCAAGAAUAAUAUGGACGGAUGAUCUACGUGAAAUUUUAAUACAAGAAAUGAAGAAACGACCCUGUUUGUGGGAUCAUAACCAUCCAAAAUAUAGAGAUUUACAGUAUGCGGCAAGUGAAAGGAACGAAGUUAUAGAAUCUUUCUAUCAUCGAACGGGAUAUGCUUUGAAUGCGGAUGAUAUAGCGAGACAGUGGAAGUCUUUGAGAGACCAAUACGUACGCUUCAUCAACAAAAUCAGAAAUAUGGAACCUAAUGAUUGCCGAUUUCCAUCAUUCAAAUUUUCCGAAGAGCUGAAAUUUCUGAUGCCUUACAAGCAGUUGCCGCAAUCUCGAUACUGCAUCAUGAUGAACGAAGAAAAUGGCCUGCAAAACUUAGGUGAAAAUAUUCCGUCGAAGGAUUCGUGCUCUGAAUUUGCAGUCCCCGGCACUUCUUCUGCUACAAGUUUAUUGCCAAUCCGCCGUAAAAGAAAACAUGGCAGGUCAUCGGAUUACAAAACUCAGAAGGAUAUCGACUCAAAAACACAUGAUAGAGAAGACAGUUGUUUCUCUAGGAUGGAUGAAUUUGAUCAUUUUGGCUUGUCAAUUGCCGAUUAUAUUCGAGGAAUUGCAAAGCUUGAUGAAAAAGCAGCGGUAUGGAUAAGAGGUGAGAUUUGGACGUUGUUGACGAAGUGUCGGAUGAAAACACUAGAGGGAUGCAGUGGAAACGGUACCAGUUAAUAUUUUAAGUGAUGAAGGAAGAAAUGAUAUUAGGUACAAAAUUGUAUGCAUUUGAAUGUUGAGAAGUGAAGUUUUGUGUUACUGCGAAUUUAUUAUAUCCUCUUUAGAAACUUCCAGUUACAUCUUAUUCAGUGUUAAUAAUGGUGUUACUUCUAGUACUGAUAGUUUAGACUGUCAUUCUAUAGGACUCUAUAGGACGUGAUAUCAUGCGGUAACUGGUGUUUAAUUCUUCGUGGAUUUUUCACGACAGUUAUAUUUAACCGCAUUUAUAAUAAUGAAUUAGAUAAUGCAGAAAAAUGUUCGUUCUCUAACAAUUAAUUUUACCAUCGACAACCUUUUUCAUUCCAAAAUAUUGUAAAUUUUGAUUUGUUAUACGUUAUUAUUUAUGAUGUCUCCAUUGUAAAUUAUGCUGAUACUGAGACGUUUUGUUAGGCGCAUAUUUUUUAUGAGUAUAGGUUAUGAACCCUUUCUCGUAUCUUACUUCCUUUAGCAAGAGUAGAUAUUGGGA